CCGUUGCUGGAGCCGGGGGGCAUGCGCAUGCGUGUCUCCGGUGGCUAGUUCUCCCUCCGCAGGAGAGAGGAGCGGCGCGUCUUGGGUUUGAAGCCAGACGAGCCGGAAGUCGCUCUGCUUCCUCACCUUCCCUCUGCUCUGGCGGAAACUCAAGCACUGGGAGAGAGGUUCCCGGGCUGGCCUGGGCUGGAGGCAGCAGAAUGGAGACCCGGCCCGAGGACGUGGGUCUGGCUCGCGGCCUGAUGCUAGGCUCUUCCUGGGAUGCCGCAUGCGGAUCGCUGGCCCAGAGCGUCCACCUCGCCGGGUCUGGUGUCGGCGCCGGAGACUUGGACUGGGAGGAGCUGCUGGCGCCGCCUGCCCCGGGCCAGGAUCUGGUGGUUUUGAAAAGGAGCCUGACCAACCAGGAUGAAAACCCCUGCUUUCUUUACCUGAGAUGUGCCCCUAACGGAGGUGAAGGCAUCGUUUCUAUUGGCAUUUUAAGUUCAGCAAGAAAUAUGGAAGUCUACUUAGGAGAGGAGUACUGUGGAACCAGUAGAGGCAAGAAUAUUUGUAAUGUUCUGGAUGACAGUGAACAUGAAAAGGUUAUUUUAUACAAAAAAUAUCUAAAACUGGAGUCUUCCACACAUGCUUGCAAAAUAAAGUUGCUUUCCUUUGGUGAAAAGCAGUGUGUGUUCAUCAGUAAAGUUGUGAUCCACAUGAGGCCAGUUUCGACAAAUUCUUCAACAUGCUCUCCUGCUCUAGGAUCAAGGAUAGACCUUGAGAAGGUCCAAACCAUCAUGGAGUCCGUGGGGUCAAGGUUAUCACCUGGAGCUCAGCAGUUGAUGAAUAUGAUUAGAUUUCAGCAGCAGAAUUGUAUUCCCGUUGGAGAGCAGCGUCAGUCAGGUUUGGACCCUGCUGGAUACAAGCACAUGAUUGGGCUACAGUCAUCAUCUCCUUCAGGAGCCCUUGGCAAGUCAUCCUCCACGCCUUUUCCUUUUAGAACUGGGUUGACAUCUGCAAAUGUGACUGAAGACUUAAAAGCUUACAUUGAGAAAAGUACACAACCACACAGUGAAGGAAAUAUUACAAACCUCGAAGAGUAUAAAAUAAUGCCACAAAACCAUUCUCUUCUUGAAAAUGAUCUUAAAAAUGCAGUAUCUUCUUUCUUACAAAAGAAAGCAAGUGACAGCUCAAGUAUACCUACCUCUGAGUUGCUGCCUUUUCUCCAGAACUUGUGUAGUCAAGUUAACCAUCUCCGUGUGGGACGUAACAUCCCGUGGCCAGAAAACAUCGCCAAGCCCAGUGAAGGCAUUAUUGGCAUUGCAAUGGAAGAGCAACCUGUUUGCUCCUACUUGGAAAAGAUUCUUUCCAAAAAUAUGGAACUGAUGGAAAAGAAACUUAUGGACUACAUUGAUCAGCGAAUAUAUAAACUCCAAGAGCACAUAGAUAAUAAGAUUGCUCUGUUAGUGGACUUGCUGCAAAAUCCCAGCUCCCCACCCAGUGGGAUGCCUCUAAGACAUUAUGAUUCUGGAGAAAGACUUUCAAAUGGAGAAAGAUAAGUGCUCAGCAUAUACAAUGUACUACAGAUUUUUGGUACAUAUUUAUUACAAAAGCAAAACCCAAAAGUUCAAAGAAAGUAUUUAAUAUCAUUUGAGGAUCAUUCUCUUACAUAAGGUGACCUCAAUGUUCAUUUUAACUGUACUUGUCAGUGUAAAUCCAGUACUGUAUACAGAGAGUUAACAUGAUAACACCAUAAAUUAUUUUUGUUUGCAAUAUUUUUCACUUUUAUAAGAAAUUCACAUAUACUCUGGGUUGAGUGUUUGAAGUCUUUAAGGAUUUCUAAUUCAGUUCAUUAGUUUGUAUGGUAUGUGUUUGAAGUACUGUUUUAAGUUAUACAAAACCUUGUAUUUAGUAGUAUGAAACAAAUAGAGUAUUUGAUAUUUUUUCUAAUUGAUUGUUCUUAGAAAAACUGAGUUCUUAAGACUUGCAACCCUUAACUUCAGAUCACCAAAUUACAUUUUAUAUUGUUUGUUUCAGGUAAAUAAUUCAGGUAUAAAAAGUGAUGUUUGGUGUGUAUAAAAUUAGUUUACAGUGGCACGGUUAGUUUUAAGUUCUGUCAUUUUGUAGCUAUAGACAGGAAAGUAAAAAUCAGAAUUGGCCUAUUCUUUGUUAGGAUUAUUACUUUAGGUUUGGUGUUUGAUAUAAAACAGGAGAAGUCAUGUUGUUGUAUCUUAAUGAGCCCAGAAAGUAUAAGGAAGUCUCCUUUUCGGAGCUGAUACAGGUUCUUCCUUCCAGAGCCUUUUCUGGUUGUUUAAGUGUUUAAAGUGCACCCUGCUCUGAGAGUAAGCCGUAUGCAUUAAGGCAGUUGCAGUUCUCUCUGGUUGACUUAAAUUUCAGAAAUUUAAACUAUUGUAUAUCUGGUGAAUGGUGACAUAUUUACAUCUAAUAAAUAAAUGCAUCCACUCUGGAAACUACUUGUCUUAAGUAGAAAUAUUUUCUUUUCAUCUAAUAUUUAAGAUGAAAAGGGGUAUUUUACACAUUUAGUAUUUUGGUGACUUUAGCCCUUUAAAGUGAAAACUGACAUGAUGCUUGUUCAUUUACAAAUCACCUACUUCAGUGGCACGAGGACCCGUGUGCCACUUGGAUCAGCCCUUUCCUGACUUAUUCAUAGUUGAUGCAGCCAUUAGGUAGCAUUUCUUGGCAGCUCUCAAGGGAAGUGUGUCUCACAACUGAACCCUUCUGUUAACAGUUACACAGCCUCUGAUAGUUGUGGUCUGUUCUUUGAUUCUGAAAUUCCCGCAGUAUAGUUAUAUAACAAUAACACAUAGUUAUGUUUAUAAAAUGAGUAAAACAAGUGAAAUAUGCAUGAUACAGAACUAGAAGUAGUUCAGAUGAGCUUUACGUCUGUUCUUCCAGUAAUUUUUCCAUGUUAAUGAAUAAAUAAAUUACAUUUUAUAUAUAUUAGAAAAUCAUGGGUGUUGAUUUUCAUGUAUUUAUAUACAGCCAUAUAUAUCUGAAUUUAUACAUAUGUAGUUGUUUUAUUAAAGUUCUUGUUUCCUAAGAAAACACUGCCUGAAUUUGCUCAAACAGGAGAAGCAGACCGUAGUACUUACUAAAUCUCUAUUAAGUCUUUUUUUCUUAAAUUUCUCCUCUUGUAUGUGCCCAGCCAGUAGGCCAAGUCAAGGAAGUCAGGGCCAGCAAAUGCAGAGGAGUCCAGAUAACCCCUGCAGGCUGAAGUAACUGCAAAGGAUGUGUGGGUUAUCAAGAAAUCAAAUCAACAUACAGGUCAUACAUUUAAAUUUCCACAUUGUCCCCCCUUUGAGCAUCACUCCAUCUCCCUCCUUCCCAGGGGGGCAUCCAGAGGUGUUCAUCCCUCUUCCGUCACUGAGUUCCGGCCUUCUGAAAGGCUGCUGCUGUGUGACCCAUCUUAAAGUGUGACGGCGGAGACUAGCACUCGGGCGGCUCCUCCCCGACACCCAGCCAAGCCUCCUAGGCCGCUACCACGGGACCUGCCCUCCCAGCCUGUCCUCUCUCCCCAGGCCGCUGCCCAGGCUCUUGGUCCCAGCACACACGCCUCCUCCUCCACUGAUUCCCGCCUCUCCCUGUGCUGCACGCUCCAGAGCUCAACUCAGAUGCAGCCUCACGAGGCCGCCCUUGGUCCCUCCCUGCCCCGGAAGCAAGCAAGCAGCUGGACAAGCAAAAUGUGAAGAAACCACACUGAAGGCUCUUUUGUGGGGGAAGUAAAACGGUUGAGCUUGGCUAAAGCAUAGGACGCCUGUGAGGCAGUGGCUAAACCUAAGACUUGGAAGGUGGCCUGGGUCCAGCUUUGGAAAACCUUGACGGCUCCACUCUGGAGAUUUGUUGGCACCAAGGAAUCUGUGAUUUAAGAAGAAAAAUGAUGUGCUCAGCCCUGGGCCUUGGGAAGCAAACCAGAAUAGAGCUCGGCCCAUGAACUCACUUGCAGAAUUUCUUGGCAUUCUGCUUUGGGCUGCAAUGGAAUCCAGGUGCAGUGAAUGCAGAACCACGUAACAUCUGACUGCCUGGCAAAUGAGGUCAGUGUUUCUCUUCGUUUGCCCUCCAAUCCCUGUCAGAAUCACCUGGGGAACUUGCUGAAUGUGAAGGCCCUGGAGCCCCAGCGCAGAUCUAACGGAUCAGACCAGGGGGAGGAGUGGUCCCAGAAGGGGCAUUUCAAAAGCUCCCAGGGCUGUUAUUAAACAGGCUGAGCCUGCAGGGUCUGCGCUGGUCUCUAACACAGUACACGGCACCCUGUAGCCAGGUGCUCAGCCCCACCCAUCUGCCUCAUCUGGGAGCUGGUUAGAAAGGCGAAUUCAAUGGCUCCACCCCAGAUACCGAACCCGAAUCUCUCGGUGGGGCCCAGGAAUCCGAUCCCCAAGCUCUCCGGGUGACUCUCGUGGGCAUUUGCAAUAGAGCGCCACUGCCCCAAUAAAUACCUGUCUCUGGAGAAACAGCCUGACUCGAGGUCCCAACGACCCAGGCAGGAGGGGUGUAGCUGCUGCGCGCGCAGGCCGUGUGCACACAGGGUGUCUACAGGCGGACUUGCAGGUGCCAGGAGAGAAGAAGUAGUAGAAGAUGAAGACACUUCUUGGAAUUCUUGCAGAGUCGGUGACUAUCUGAACUGUCAGCGUGUUGGACGACGAUUCGAACACAGGGACGUAGUCAUUUGCGCUGCACACUCGCCCCAGCAGAGACCCCUCGGUGGAGUUUCCAUCAAACACUUCAAUGUUUUCACUUUCACAACCUCCAUCGGGAUCAAGCCUGUGGACAGAACGCACCUGUGGUUAGAGGCGCGCCACCAGCAAAGGGGUUUCCUAGAGUGGAGGCAACCGGUCGCGUUGGCAUCGCUGUUUACAGAGUGGCAGCAGGUCUCUUUUCCUGUCCGCCCCUCCCAGGCCCCUCCCGCAGCGUCACACCCCAGACCGUCAGUGUGCACGGGCUCCGGGAGCC